CUCCGUCUUGUUUGGAGCAAUCCAAUCGAACCUGGAGGGCUCCGCUCCGCCCUAUGCCGCGCUCCUCUCCUCCAGGAGCAAUCAGAAUCGGCUCAGGCCCCGCCCCCGCUUCCGUCCGCCGAGACCACGCCCCUUCUUCGUUCGGCCAUUCAGGCAGUCUGAUGUCCCCGCCCCCCUGAGGCCCCGCCCCGUCGGCACUUCUUCGGGACUCCGCCCCGCGCGCGGACCUGCAGCCAUGGCAGUCGCCGCCCAGGCAGCCCGCAGGAAGGAGCGCGUCCUCUGCCUGUUUGACGUGGACGGGACCCUCACGCCGGCUCGCCAGAAAAUUGACCCUGAGGUGGCCACCUUCCUGCAGAAGCUGCGAAGUAGAGUGCAGAUCGGUGUGGUGGGCGGCUCUGACUACUGUAAGAUCGCUGAGCAGCUGGGUGACGGGGAUGAAGUCAUUGAGAAGUUUGAUUAUGUGUUUGCCGAGAACGGGACGGUGCAGUAUAAGCAUGGACGACUGCUCUCCAAGCAGACCAUCCAGAACCACCUGGGGGAGGAGCUGCUGCAGGACUUGAUCAACUUCUGCCUCAGCUACAUGGCCCUGCUCAGGCUGCCCAAGAAGCGUGGAACCUUCAUCGAGUUCCGGAAUGGCAUGCUGAACAUCUCGCCCAUUGGCCGGAGCUGCACCCUGGAGGAGAGGAUCGAGUUCUCCGAACUGGACAAGAAAGAGAAGAUCCGGGAGAAGUUCGUGGAAGCCCUGAAAACAGAGUUUGCUGGCAAAGGGCUGAGGUUCUCUCGAGGAGGCAUGAUCAGCUUUGAUGUCUUCCCCGAGGGCUGGGACAAGCGCUACUGCCUGGAUAGCCUGGACCAGGACAGCUUCGACACCAUCCACUUCUUUGGGAACGAGACCAGCCCUGGUGGGAACGACUUUGAGAUCUUUGCCGACCCCCGGACUGUUGGCCACAGCGUGGUGUCUCCUCAGGACACAGUGCAGCGAUGCCGGGAGAUUUUCUUCCCAGAGACAGCCCAUGAGGCGUGACCGGGGCCCACAUCUGUGUGUUGUGACUUCUGAAGAGUUUGGCCUAGGCCUAAAGAGAGGUCCUGGUGUUGGAUAGAUGCCAGGGCCCCUCCUCUGGCCCAGGAUGCCUGCUGCAAGCCCACCCAGAUGGGGCCAGAGUCUGUGUGGACAACCGUCCCCAGCCAGUCAGCUCCUAGUGGCACUGGCUUCGUCCUCCCAGGGCCCAGAGUGUUCACCGUGCUCCACCUGGUGGCCCAGGCCACAGCUGCUGCUUGUAUUUCGGUACAGAACAGGUUUCUUUCUGCGCCAGGAGGAGGCGUGCGCAAGUGUCGGUAGGAGAUCUAGCCUGCCCUGCCUGCCUACCCUGGGCAAUGAGGUACGGUGGGGAAGGUGCCUAUUUUAGAGAACUUUGUCACAGUAUUAAAGUUCCCAGAACAAA